AGGAGAUGACCAGAGACUGCGGACAUAGUACAGGAGAUGACCAGAGACUGCGGACAUAGUACAGGAGAUGACCAGAGACUGCGGACAUAGUACAGGAGAUGACCAGAGACUGCGGACAUAGUACAGGAGAUGACCAGAGACUGCGGACAUAGUACAGGAGAUGACCAGAGACUGCAGACAGUACAGGAGAUGACCAGAGACUGCAGACAUAGUACAGGAGAUGACCAGAGACUGCAGACAGUACAGGAGAUGACCAGAGACUGCGGACACAGUAAAGGAGAUGACCAGAGACUGCGGAAACAGUACAGGAGAUGACCAGAGACUGCAGACAUAGUACAGGAGAUGACCAGAGACUGCGGACAUAGUACAGGAGAUGACCAGAGACUGCAGACAUAGUACAGGAGAUGACCAGAGACUGCAGACAUAGUACAUGAGAUGACCAGAGACUGCGGACACAGUACAGG